GUGUUCAUCUCGACGUACCACACAAAACUAGUUCCGCUCACUCACUUACUGUUGUGUGGACGUUUUUGUUUCGUUUUAAAAUUACAUUAAUUCGCCCAUACCAACAAGGUACAGUAAGUAUUUGACUUGUUACAGCUAGCCAUUAGAAACCAACGAAAAUUAUUUUAAAAAUUAAAAAAUGUAUAAUUUUUAAAAAAAAAUUAUACAAUACAACAUUAGAAUAACAGUUACAUUGGCUUAAAAUACAAAAUAAAUGUCUCACACAUUUCCGUCCUCAUUCACGUCAUCUAUAAGUGUUUAAUUGUUAAAACGUCUUUUUAUAUCUUUUUUUUAUACAUAUAAGUGACCUGAAAACCGUGUUAUUGUUGGAAUGCUGAUUUUAAUCGUCUACGAUUUGUAUGUUUUUGUGAAAGCACUUCGUGAAGCUACUUCUGAAAGGUGCUAUAUGAAUAUACUUUUUAUAUUAUAAUGUGAUAGUCAGUAGAAUAUGCAGUGGACAUAUUCUACCAAACCUGGCAACCCAUAUAUCAAAUGUAACGCAACGAUGCUACUUUCUAACUAUUUUUUUUUAGCAUGGCAUGUGUGCAUUGUUUGUUCAUACGUGUUUUUUGUUCGGGUUUUAUUUGACACGUUUCUAAUCAAACGUUAUUAUAAAAAUAAAUCUUAAAAUACGAGCUCACAGUUGGUGUGAUGCGCCCCCUGGUGGUCAACAUCGGUGCAGACACUCGACUGCGAGGACCCGCCAAACACACACACACUCAAACAGACGCAUGACAGGCCCGCCGGAGGGCUAACUGGUCUAGCUAGUGUUAGCUAGCACCGUGCGGCUGUGAUCAUGUUCGUCGCGCGUAGCAUCGCGGCGGAUCACAAGGAUCUGAUCCACGACGUGUCUUAUGAUUUCCACGGCCGCAGAAUGGCGACGUGCUCCAGUGACCAGAGUGUCAAGGUUUGGGACAAAAGUGAAAAUGGAGAGUGGCACUGCACGGCCAGUUGGAAGACACACAGCGGGUCAGUGUGGAGGGUCACCUGGGCUCAUCCAGAAUUCGGGCAGGUUCUCGCUUCCUGCUCCUUCGACAGAACGGCGGCUGUCUGGGAGGAGAUUGUCGGGGAGUCCAACGACAAACAGAGAGGACUGAGCCACUGGAUAAAGAGAACCACACUAGUGGACAGUAGAACUUCAGUGACUGAUGUGAAGUUCGCCCCGAAACACAUGGGCCUGAUGUUGACCACCUGCUCUGCGGACGGAGUGGUGAGGAUCUACGAGGCCCCCGACGUGAUGAACCUGAGUCAGUGGUCCCUGCAGCACGAGAUCUCCUGCAAGCUCAGCUGCAGCUGCAUCUCUUGGAAUCCCUCCAGUUCUCGUGCCCACCCGCCAAUGUUUGCAGUGGGAAGCGACGACAGCAACGUAUCGUAUGGUGGAAAAGUUCAGAUCUAUGAAUACAAUGAAAAUACAAGGAAAUAUGCUAAAGCAGAGACACUGAUGACCGUCACCGAUGCAGUCCAUGACAUUGCAUUUGCUCCAAACUUGGGAAGAUCUUUCCACGUCCUUGCCAUCGCCACAAAAGAUGUCAGAAUCUUUAAGCUUGUUCCCAUGAGGAAGGAUAGCACCUCUACAGGACCCACGAAGUUUGAGGUGCAGAUUAUGGCUCAGUUUGACAACCACAACUCCCAGGUGUGGCGCGUGAGCUGGAACAUCACCAGCACCCUGCUGGCCUCCUCUGGGGACGAUGGCUGUGUGCGCCUCUGGAAAGCUAACUACAUGGACAACUGGAAGUGCACGGGCAUUCUGAAGGGAGACGGCAGCCCGCUCACCAGCUCCUCCGGUCAGCCCACAGCCAUGAGCACCGUGGUAGGCUCCUCCGUUCAGACCCCACCGAGUGCACUGAACGGGAUGGCUGCUGGAAGGUAUUUCUUUCCGCCCCUGGAUCCUCCCAGAGCAGGGACCGGGUAUGGUCACCUGCUGCCUCCCUCCUCCCUCAUAGAACACUGUGACGCUGAACCCAUUCAGCCUCAACAACAGGCUCUUCCCCACAGACUCUCCUCUAGAGCACUGCUGUCCUUACCAGAGACUGAAGGGCAGUAAUGUUGGCUUGUUUAAGCUUAGAGAAAAAAAAGAGGCAGGGAUGUGAUUGGGGGGAUGGUGAUGAGCCACAGAACUGCCAUUUAUUUCUAAUGAUGACAUUCAUUCAUUUUUUUUUUGUUAUAUAAUUUUUUGUUCUUUGUCUGUGCAGAAGUUAGAAACUGUAUGAAAACGAUUUUGUUAAAAUUGCAUCAUAUGGCCAGGACAGCCAUUUGAAAAGUCCAGUGUUUAUGCUAAUCUUUGAUUAAAAAACCAUUUUUUUCCUUUGUAUUCUAAUGCUAUUUAAAGCAUUGAAUGUACAAAUUAAAAAGCUCAUUGACUUGUA